AUGAAUGCUAGAAAAUGUGAAAAUGAAGAAUCGAAAAGUGCCGGUAACGAUAAUAUACCAAAUCAGGUAGAAUCACAAUUGGAAACGGGAAGUGUAUAUUCGAAUGAAGCAGGGAAUCUUCAAAAUUUUUACGAUACAAAGAAUCAGAAUAUGAACCAAAACGCCGAAUACGAAAAUAAAAGAAAAGCGUCGGAGAGUCCGUUGUUUGAGAACAUAACAAUGAAGAAAAACAAAGACAGGUUCCUACAAUGCGAAGAUGCAGCUCAGCAGAUCAUAGAUUCAAAGAGAAAGAAGAAUCUCAGCAUAAGUAGCGAAUACGACGUGUUCAAAUGGGAUUUAGAGGCCAUGGAGAAUUUUCAGAAGUUUGGAGACAUUGAGUUGGCACAUGAUUUAGACACUGUGGAAAUUGAUGACAGCAUCAUGAAAACGAGCAUCAAUAAGGAUCCACUAACAAUCCCUUUUUUAUCAGUAAUCGUGAACAAAAGGAUAUUAAUAUGA